GAGCCGCCCAGGGCGCGCGGCGCUCGCGGGCCGUGGUCUGGGACGCGCGGGCGGGCAGAAUGGCGCAACUCCCGGGCUGGUAGCGCGGCGGCGGGCACCGCGGGAAAGCCAUGGCUCGGCGGCGGCGCCGCGCCUGCAUCGCGCUCUUCCUGGUGCUGCUCUUCGCCUUCGGCACGCUCAUGGGGCUGCGCACGCUCAAGGCCCCGGACGGGCUGCCCGCGCUGGGCCCAGGCCCGGAGCUAGCACCGUUCGAGCGGCGUCCCGAGGGGAACCCUGCUCCCGCCCGCGCCCCGGCUGCCCCCGCCGCGCCGCCGCCACCCCCGCCGCACACCGCCGCCCCGCGCGCCUCGCUGGGCCCGGCCGAGGCCGAUCCCGCACCCCGGCAGAGCCUGCGCGUCUACUCCGAUCUGCAUGCCUUUUACUACUCCUGGUACGGGAGUCCGCGGCGCGAGGGCCACUACAUCCACUGGGAUCAUGUCAUGGUGCCGCACUGGGACCCCAAGAUCUCAGCCAGCUACCCACGUGGCCGCCACAGCCCUCCAGAUGACUUGGGCUCCAGCUUCUACCCGGAGCUCGGGCCUUACAGCUCGCGGGACCCCGACGUGCUACGAGAGCACAUGACCCAGCUCAAAGAAGCUGCCAUCGGGGUUUUAGUUCUCUCCUGGUAUCCGCCUGGCAUGGCUGAUGAUAACGGGGAGCCCACAGACGACCUGGUACCUGCCAUUCUGGACACUGCCCACCAGCACAGCAUCCAGGUGGCCUUCCAUAUCCAACCCUACAAGGGCCGGGAUGACAUCACUGUCCAUGACAACAUCAAGUACAUCAUUGACACGUAUGGCUCCCACGGUGCAUUUUACCGUUAUAAGAAUAGCGUGGGCAAGAGCCUCCCUCUCUUUUAUAUCUACGACUCCUAUCUGACAUCCCCUGAGGCCUGGGCCCACCUCCUGACACAAAACGGGCCUCACUCUAUCCGCAACACUCCCUAUGAUGGGGUCUUCAUAGCUCUGCUCGUGGAGGAGAGCCACACCCAUGACAUCCUUGCCGGAGGAUUCGAUGGAAUGUACACCUACUUCGCCUCCAACGGCUUCUCCUUUGGCUCCUCCCAUCAGAACUGGAAAGCUGUGAAGAACUUCUGUGAUACCAACAACCUGAUGUUCAUCCCUAGUGUGGGGCCUGGGUACAUUGAUACCAGCAUCCGGCCCUGGAACAACCACAAUACUCGGAAUAGGGUUAACGGCAAGUACUAUGAGACGGCCCUGCAGGCGGCCCUGACUGUGAGGCCUGAGAUAGUUUCUAUCACCUCCUUCAAUGAGUGGCACGAGGGCACACAAAUUGAGAAAGCUGUCCCUAAGACGACGCCGACUCGCCUGUAUCUGGACUACCUUCCUCACCAGCCCAGUCUGUAUUUAGAGCUGACCCGCCGCUGGGCGGAGCACUUCAUCAAGGAGAAGGAGCAAUGGCUGCUGUGAGGGAGCAUUGUCCAAGCAAACCUCCACAGCUCACCAAGCUGGUUCAGCUGAGGAUAUGGGCACUCACUAGUCCUAAGUAGCAACUGGGAGCAUCUGGGUGGCCCAGCUAGCUCAUGGAGACAUGGAGACAGAGCCUGGCACUUGGACUGGCGGUGCUGGGAAGCAAGGCAUGGUGAGGCGGGAGGGGAGGGGGGCAAGCGGCUGCAGUGGCUUCCGGAGGCUCCACGACCCUCGGCUUCUGGCUGUGACGGGGAAUUAUAGAGAGGAAUUGUGCAAGCCACUGUGCUUAGAAGGGUCUCAGGGUUCUAAGCUAGCAUGCACCUUCCUUCUUUUGGACAGCCACCUUCCCACAUCUUGCUGAACCCAGGGAACCAAAUUUGACACUUCUAAGAGGACUUUACGGUCCUUCCAGUAGACUCCUGUGCCCUGUGAUUAGGAACAUUGAGCACCCACUCAUUACUAAGGGCCUGUCAGGUGCUGGGGAAUGCGAGCAAGGUUUCCUUCCCAAAGCUUACAGGAUCCUGCUCUUGGUGUGACUGUAGCUAGCACCUUGGCUGCUUUCGCUCUUUGCAGCUACACUCAGGCCCUGGAGUUCAGCUAUUUUUUUCCUCCAAGUUAUACCUCUGUGCUCCGGAGCCUGUCCCAGAUGAACAUGGUCACUCCUUUCAGCUGUCUAGGCCACUCACUAGGGCCAUUUUCAGCGCUACUGUGAUUUGUAUUAAAUAUGAAAUGGUGUUUGCCAGUACAUUCCUCUUGCAGCCCUCAUAAAUGCUGACCACUAGGUCAGUCUGGGACAAAUCAGUGUACAGCUAGGCUGGCUAGCUUUAGCACAGUGGAGACUGCUUAAAAGACUAGUUUACAUAAGAGUUCUAGGGAGUUAACAAGUCAGUGCUUACUUACAAAUAAACUAAUGCUACUUGGAAGAAUCCUUGUUAAAGUAAAACCUGAUGAAUAUUUUUCAGCAAGAUUCUUGAAAAGAAAAUGUCCACUGGAACCCACUAGACUGGUUACAGGCUAAAGCUAAGCCACUGACUCUGGGAAAUGGAUGCAGAUGGAGGAUGAGGUGGGAUACUUGUCACUUCAAGGACAUCAGCCCAGUCACCAACACUCAUCCUACCCAACAGAUGAGCUGUACUGACCCACCCAGCUCGUAGCUUAGUUGAAAGGGCUGGAUUUAACCAGUGCUGAUUUGAUUCCAUGCAUAUAUACUGUGGAUAUGGCAAGGCAGCAGGAAGGAGCAGGCAUCCUCAGUGAAACUUAACACAGAUUUUCUGAAGGCUAAUAUACAUCAACAGCCACAAUGCACAUAUAUGUCUUGAUGGAGAAAUCCUACCCUAAGGAAAUAGUUCAAAAGAAAAAUAAACCACUUACAAUUGUUUGUAGAAGCAAUAUUUAAUAACAAAAAAUUACAGUUCAAAUACCCAAAAAUAAUUAUGCAAAUAUUUGGUAGACAUAUGAACAAGGAUAAAAGGGCUUCUGCAUAAACAAUAAAGCUAAAUAAAUUACACAUAGAACUCUAUCAAUAAAUAAGAAAGUCACUGGCUGAAAAAAGUCAAGAUUUUAUUUUUCAAUAUUUCACUUGGGACUCCUAGAAUAAUUUCCCCCAAAUGACCACUCCCCUGUACCCAGAAAGCUUUGGCCUGGGCUCCUUGACUUUGCUGCAUUGGUCCUAAGAUUUCUAGACUGCAUUAGUGCCUCCAGCUGGUUUGACAUCAAAUGUCACUGUUCCCCAGAAAGCAGCUUUAAAUGUAUUCUAAUUCUGUACUCAAGUUACUUAACUUAAAAGGGGUGGGGGUGAGAGGGGCACUGUU